AUGAGUGACCGGCCCUCGGCCGCCUCAGCUGGACGGCGCGGCGGUCGCUGCCCUCCCCACAACCGCGGGCUGGCGGCGGAGGGACGUUCCCUCCCGUCACAUUGUCACAUAAGAGCCACCUGUCCCUGUGUGAACACCCAACCCAGCCGCCUGAAAUGCCGAGCUGGCCGCACCCCCCCACCCCCCCAGUCAUAUCUCACACCGAUGUGGGCCGGUGUCCCCACGGGUGACCCUGCCUUGCUCUGGGCAGAGGCGCUGGCCCGCUGGCGGCACGAAGGCCGCGUCGCCGUGUGGCUGCGUGUCCCCAUCCUGCAGAGCGGGCUGGCGGCGGCGGCCGCCGCGCAGGGCUUCGCCUUCCACCACGCGGAGCCGGGAUCGUCCACCUUGACGCUGUGGCUGGGAGAAGGGCCCAGCCGGCUGCCGGGGUUCGCCACCCACCAGCUGGGAGUCGCAGGUGCUGUUUUAGAUGAAAGCACUGGAAAGGUGUUGGUCGUACAAGACAGAAACAGGACUAUAAAUGCAUGGAAAUUUCCAGGAGGGCUGUCUAAUCCAGGCGAAGACAUUGGAGACACAGCAGUUCGAGAGGUUUUUGAAGAGACUGGCAUCAAGUCAGAGUUCAAGUCCAUCCUAAGCAUCAGACAGCAACACAAACACCCUGGGGCCUUUGGGCAGUCGGAUAUGUACAUCAUCUGUCGCCUGCAGCCCUCCUCCUUCAACAUCAGCUUCUGCCAGCAGGAGUGUCUGAGGUGUGAGUGGAUGGACCUCCAGGAGCUUGCCCGCACCAAACACGCUACUCCCAUCACCAGCAACGUCGCUAAACUCUUGCUUUACGGGUACCGGGAAGGGUUUGAUAAGAUUGAUAUAACCAUGAGACAGUUUCCAGCUGUUUAUACAGGCCUGUUCUACAAACUAUACCACAGGGAGCUGCCCGAGUCCUAUAACAAUAUUACAUGAUAGCAAUAAAUUUCACAUUUCAUUAUAAUAAUAAUUUAGGAGCAUUGUAGCAUUAUUUAGACCGUAUGAAAGUUAUCCAUGGACAUUUUUUUAGGUAAUUAUUAGAAAGUAAUUAUUUACUCUAUUCUCUAAUAUGCUAUAGAGAUAUAAAUUAUUUCAAAAGGUAAAUAUUCCUGUAAGUGUGCAUCAGAUUUGUUUUCCUUUACUCUGUAAAGCAAACAUAAGGUAAAUAAAAUAUCUCUACAUAGA